AUCAUUGUGCAACACUGGAGCCGAAAAUCUGCCGAGGUUGCUCUAGCUCUUGGCGCUGCACGGUUGCUCUUAUCUCUUAGAUUAAAAGCCUGGAGAAAAGACUGAAUGCAUUCGGAAUAAUAGAAGCAGUGGGGUGAAUCCCCUGCAUUUGCUGAGCGUGAGGAUGGAGGAUUAUGAUUACUUAUUCAAAAUUGUGCUGAUAGGAAAUGCAGGAGUGGGCAAAACCUGCCUCGUCCGACGCUUCACUCAGGUGUGUGGAAUAACUCAUUGCAUUACCUAUAAUAAUGCAACAACACUAGAGGGGCUGUUCCCUCCUGGACAAGGUGCCACCAUUGGAGUUGAUUUCAUGAUUAAAACUGUGGAAAUAAAAGGAGUGAAAGUGAAGCUCCAGAUCUGGGACACGGCCGGGCAGGAGCGGUUCCGCUCAAUUACCCAGAGUUACUACCGCAGUGCCAAUGCCCUUAUUCUCACCUACGACAUCACCUGUGAAGAUUCCUUCCGGUGCCUUCCUGAGUGGCUGAGAGAGAUCGAGCUGUAUGCCAACAACCAAGUAGUGACAAUCUUAGUAGGGAAUAAGAUAGACCUGGCCGAUAAGCGAGAAGUCCAUCGGCAGAGAGCAGAGGAGUUUGCGGAGGCGCAGAGCAUGCUUUAUCUGGAGACCUCUGCCAAAGAAUCGGACAACGUGGAGAAGCUCUUUCUGGAUCUGGCCUGCGAACUGAUCCGCGAGGCCAAGCAAAACACGUUGGACAACAACGAUUCCACUCCCAUGCCUGGAGAAGGGAAAAACAUCAAUUACUUGAGUUGCUGCAGCAUAAACUAGUAGACUUGGCCACUCUGUCUGGCUGAGAGGGCAACAUGGAUUGCAUACAAAGUGGUUGUAUUGUUGGGAACCACUACGUAGUUGCAGUGGUUACUGUUUUCCACUGCUGUUGAAGUCUACUUCUUUUACCCUUCUUAAAUCCCUGGGUAUUUUAAAACAUUUGGGAAAAACACGAUAUCAAGAUGAUGCUGCUUUUAAAGGUGGGUCCGAAGCUCCUAGAUGCUUUUGGCGAGAAAAAAAGGGCCUUGUUACACAAAUAUUCUUGCUGAUAGGUCAGACAAUGAGAUUUUCUAUACUUCUGUACAAUGCAGCAGUUGGGAUUUCCCUGCUGACUUGAGAGCCAAUGUAUUUGUCGAUUUGAAAAAACGAGAAUGUAGGUUUUCAUCAGCAGUCUCAGCCACUUGAAGGACUAGUUCAUCCAAAAAUAAGCAUUCUGUCAUUAUUUACUCACCCUCAUGUUGUUCCAAACCCAUUUGACUGACUUUUUCUGUGGAAUACAAAAGAAGAUGUUUUGAAGAAUGCUCACAAAGCUCUUUUCCAACAGAAAAUAUACAGUGACCAAAGCAGUCCAUGUGACUUGUGAGUUAUAUUCCAAGUCUUCUGAAGCCAUAUGAUGCUUACGGGUUUGGAAUGACAUGAGGGUGAGUAAAGGAUGACGGUUUUUAUUUUAGGGUGAACUGAUUCUUUAAGAACCAUUGCCACAAAAUUCGUCUGUUGGUGUGCACAUUUAUUAUUCGCACAAAAUGCACUUCUUGUUGAUUGCUUGCGAGAUUGUUUGAGGUUGCUUAUGCAUGCAUUUUUUUAAAUGAAGAAGUCAAUAAUGCAAACAAAUAGCCAGCUCCCUUAAAUAAUCUGUGACAGAAAGAUGUGAAGUAAAACCGCCAUUUUAAAUCCUCAUUUAUCAGGUAGUCAGUUUAUAAGAAUAUAAACUCCCCUUACUGCUUGCAUGGAAGUUUGGCUUUGAAGGCCAUGUCAUUUUGAGAAGUCAUAGCAAAAACCCAAUGUGCCACUGCCAUUUGCAUCGUCAUAUAUUACAUAGCACUGGGGAAUCACAUGGAGCACAUGUUUGGGUCAUAUUUCACCCCAAAAUAUCACUCAAACCGGGUCGAUAUAUUGAUCUGGAAGUUUUACUUUUGUUUGUUUCAAGGAUAAUUCUCAGUAGAUUCUCAUUAUUGUAAUACAGUAAUGGGAAUAAUACUGUCCAGACGCAAUUGUUUUUUUUUAUGAUUUUUUAUUAUUU